CUGCCCGUGAGACUGUGACUGUAACUCUGUAAAAAGGGAAAAAGAGAAAAGGCGAGGGAGCGGGAGAGAACCCAAAACGCAAAAAACGAAGGGCCCUGUUGUUUUUCAGAGAGAGAAAGAGAAAAUCGUUGAGAAUGGGAAAUCAGAAGCAGAAAUGGACGUCGGAGGAGGAAGAAGCGCUACUGGCGGGAGUAGCGAAGCACGGCCCAGGGAAAUGGAAGAACAUUCUAAAAGAUCCCGAUUUUGCUCCUUUCCUCACUUCCCGCUCUAACAUCGACCUCAAGGACAAAUGGCGAAACCUGAGUGUUAGUACUUCUGGCCAAGGCUCUAAAGAUAAAUUGAGGACUUCAAAAGUAAAAAUUAUAGCAGCUGCUCCAGUCCCCAAUGUGCAAAAUUCUUCUCCUGCUCCUCCAGUUCGUCAUAAUGCAUCUGCUGAAUUUGUCAUGGUUGAUCCUUCUAAUAGCACACAGGAGGGAAAGAAUGCUCCACGGUACAAUGCAAUGGUUUUUGAAGCUCUUUCAGCAAUAAAAGAUACAAAUGGAUGUGACAUAGGUGCCAUUGUCCACUUUAUUGAGCAAAGGCAUGAGGUGCCACAAAAUUUUAGAAGGUUACUGAGUUCAAGGUUGAGAAGGCUUGUUGCACAAGGCAAACUUGAAAAGGUCCAAAAUUGCUACAAGAUCAUAAAAGAUACCCAGUUGGGAACAAAAACGCCUAGCCCAAAACAAAGGGAUGUCAGGCCACGGCACUCACUGAGCUAUGGGUUAAUGACCACUAGCGAGAGUGUGGAUGAUGCGGCUAAUGCUGCUGCCUACAGAGUAGCUGAUGCAGAAAACAAAGCAUAUAUGGCUGCUGAAGCUGUUAAAGAGGCAGAAAGAAUCUCAAAGAUGGCAGAGGAUACUGAUUCAAUGCUACAGCUGGUGAAAGAGAUCUAUGAAAGAUGUUCACAUGGUGAAGUUGUCCUCUUGGCUUAGGUUAUCGGUUGUAAGUUUUUCCUUUGUUGGGGUAUAACAUGCAUGUAAGAUUAGUGAAAUCUUUGUAAUUCUUGGGACGUGUAUGUAAAUUCAUUGAUCCAAUGCAACAGUGGGGCAAGGGAGCAACUGCAAUUACCCUUGGGGGAGCUUCCUGGAAGAAUCUAACUAUUCGUUUUUUUUUUUUUUUUUUUUUUUAACUUCUGCAUUUUGGUUUUACUUUUUUGGUUACACCCCUCGGCUGUAAUCCUCCCCAAACCAAAAGCAUAGCCUAGAAUACACGUAAAUAAGUGUUCGUAUGUGUGUAAAUAAAUGUUGAUAGCAAUGUUCCAAGAUUUUGUUGGUUGACAAGAUUA